CAGAACAUGAAUAAAAAAUAAAAAUACGGAGCAGGCGCAAAGAGGAAGAUAAAUUAUUGCACACGAGAUUUUAUGGCUUCCACUGGUUUCAUAUAUCCUUCGCUGUGCUCGUCAAGAUGCUGCCGAAAAAUUCCUUCGCGUUUUUCCCAAAUCCCAUCUCUAUUUCUCGCUUCGCAGAGCCUUCUGAGAUUAAAGAAUCACACUUUAUACUCAUCCGUUCGAAUUAGGCAGCUCAAGAAUCCGAACAUUCGUGCUUCGCCCGUUGUUUAUGCUGCACAGUCUAAUUUCUUCAAAGUUAUACAAACAGUGUGGAAGGUUGCAAAGGAUGGAGUUGAAGCAGGAACUGAUUUGGUUCCCGAUGCUAUCUCAAGACCAAUAGCAAGGAUUUGUGUUUCUUUUAUUGCGGCCACAUUUGCACUCUUUCUACUCAAGUCAUUUCUAUCCACAGCAUUCUUUGCCCUGGCCGUGAUGGGACUAAGUUAUCUUGCAUUCAUAGCCUUGAAUAAAGGUGAUGGCCCAAAAGGUGGUGGAGGAGGAGGAACUUCUUCUGUUGAUGAUAGUCUUGAAGAGGCUAGAAGAAUUAUGGACAAGUACAAGUAGAUAUUAUCUUCUCUCUCUAUUCUAAAUAGCGGCAAUAGAAUAUUUUUUUUCUUUUUGUAAAACCUAUAUAGGGAAAUUUAUUUAAAUUGAUUAUUAUAAUAAUGAAAAUAUUAUCGAACCUUGCGCUCUACUUAGCAGGGACCGAACUAGAAUACGACACAUUUUUUUUUUCCCCUAAACGAAAGCAAUAUUAUAAAACUCAAGAACGGGACAAAGUACAAGAUGUCAAUUGACAUCAACACUGUUU